AUGCAUCAGCAAUUCUCACAGAUGGCGUACCGCCCCAAUUCAAUACAGAAUAUUCGAUCCCUUCGCAAGCUAUUCGAGGUCGUCGAUCAGAAAUACAGCCAUGUGUCCAUCUGUAUUUUGAUCGCCCACCUCAUCAUGGAGCUGGUGUCUGUGGCAUUCUACGUGUGGACGUCACAGGUGACAGCAGCCACAUCAGUCGCUGAGUUCCAUUGGAACAAACGAGUCUUUGCUGUGGAAGUUGGGCUCAAUAUCAUAUUCUUCCUGGAGUGGGUUAUUCUCCUUUUCGGGGAAGACGACAAGAUGCGGUAUUGCCUCUCGUGGCUCUCGAUAGUGAAUGCAGCGACAAGUGUCCCGAUG